AAACACAGUGGAGCGUGUGGCAUGACACUACACAGAGCACGUGACACCGACACUGUGACAUCACGGAUCUUGUCGUCACUUUAAUUGUGCACUCGCUUGUCCCCAGAUGCAAGCACACAAGUUAUGUUUGUUUGUGUGACACAUUGCAAUCAUCCAUUAGGUGCAAUACCUUAAUGUCACUUCCCUCCUUGCCAGUAGCCCGGCUGUGAAACCCGAGUCGGGGGAGAGCCAAAUUUAGCCCCCCUACCUCCCCCCACCACCAUCACCACACACACACCGGGGACCGCAGAGGCACAUCGGACCCUGAACACGAUAGGUGGUCCCGCUAGCUCCCGUACGGACCAAUAAAGAUAGGCCGCUUCUUCCUUUUUGGGCUCAUUCCCGAGGCGAAACUGGGAGGCCAAAACGCAAGAAAAGAAGGAAGUUUGGACGAGAAGCUCACUUGAAGGAUGCAGGACGGGAGUUGGAACCAGCCACUACUCCCAAUCUCUGUGCUGCUCAAAGACUCUGCGGAAGGUGUAGCCGCCACCCUGGAGGGGGAUGCCGCCCUCCCGGCUGACCUGGACACUGGCGACGGGGACUUCGCCGACCUCACCGCCUUCCUGAGCGCCGAUGAGAUCAACCGCAGCCUGGAUCUGGCCAGGGAGGCUUUUGAGGAAACGGUGGAGGAUCAGCACCUGGACCAUGAACAGACCCCCUCGCAGGACAGUCAAGUUGUCCAGGAAGCUAAAGCUUCUAGCACGGAUGACACCAGCCCACCUCUUAGUCAGACUGAUGUGUCCUCAUCUGAGAAGGUGGGCCGGGUCAAGACGGGCCCGCCGGUUUACAAGCAGGAUAAACCUCGGCUACUCCACGAAAGCUUGGAGUUUAACGACCGCGUGUCUUCGGCCUCGGAGUUCUGCAGCCGCGCCGCGACCUUCAUUGAGGAGCUGUCUUCCAUCUUUAAAGGUUCCUCUCAGCAAGAGCACGGGGCGGAAGCGGAGUCGUCAAGCCCGGAUAGUGGAUAUCUGUCACCUGGGAACCAGCGGCCGGGCCCUCGGGGGGCUCCAGCCGUGCCCGCCGCCUCUUGCCAAACAGAGGAGACGCAGCAAGCGGGCCCUCCGGAGGGAGCGCCGGCCGCUCCCGAGCGCCAACACGCUGGGACGGCCCCGGCCGCAUCGGGACCUUUGUCACCGCCGUGCUUUGUGCAGAAGUUGAAGAGUCAGGAGGUGGCCGAGGGCAGCCCCAUUCGUCUGGAAUGCAGAGUCAGCGGAACCCCGCCGCUACUCAUCAGGUGGUUCUGCGAGGGUCGCGAGCUGCACAACUCCCCCGACAUCCACAUCUUGCGAGAUGGCGAUCUGCACACGCUGGUGAUUGCCGAGGCCUUUGAGGACGACACAGGCCGCUACACCUGCGUGGCCUCCAACAGCCUCGGGGCGGACAAUACCUCGGCUGAGGUUUACAUCGAAGGAGCGUCUUCCUCAGACUCGGACGGAGAAAGUUCGCCGUCAAAGUCUAGAUCAGCCAUCAGCAUGCCUGUACUACAGAAGAAAACAACUUCAAUGUCCCUGACCAUACGCUCGUCGUCCCCCAAAACUCCGGAGGGGCUGCCUCAUCGCACCACGCUGGUCCAGUCACUGUCGCAGCCUCCGCCACGGACGCAGAGCCCGGUGUCGUCACUGUAUGGCGGCGAUGGCUCGGGUCCGCCUACAUUCUCAAAAAUGCUGCAGGACACUCAGGCCUCCGAAGGUCAGGUGGUGGUUCUGGAGUGCAGGGUGCGUGGGGGCCCGCCUCUCCAGGUCAAGUGGUACCGCCAAGGCGAGCAGAUCCUGGACUCCCCGGAUUUUCGAAUUCUCCAGAAAAAGCCCCGAUCCGCGGCAGAGUCAGAUGAGAUCUGUACCCUGGUGAUUGCCGAGGCCUUUCCGGAAGACGGAGGCUUGUUCUGUUGCACCGCCUCCAACCCGUAUGGUUCAGUCAACAGUUCCGCCCAACUAACUGUAACAGCAGGAGCCGAGGACUCCUCCUCCAGUAACGGCAUGUCUGGAGAUAGUUCUGCACUGGAUGGGGUGUCCUUCCCCCCACCGCCCCCGCCCACUGAGAUCAGCCUGCUGGAACUGCCACCCAAGAUGCCGCUUCAGGAAGUGGCGCUGUGGCGCCCGGAGGCUGAGGGAAGGCCCGAGGAGAUGAGCGGCGUGCCCAACGGCCAACCCGCCUCUCCACCGUCUCCACCUGUGGUACCUGCACCACCCCCUCGCCCUCCGCCUCGAUCUGACCACUCUGCUCUCCGAGUCCCAUCAGACUCACCCCCCACCCCUGGAAAGCUGUCGCCCGCCCCGCCACUUCCCACCAAGCCCAAACCCAAACUGAACGCAUCGCAACUGAAGCAGCUUCAGGAGCAGAUUCUAUUGGAGCAGCAGGAAGCCGCCUUCUGGCAACAGCACAACCAGGAAGUCCCGCCUCCGCCGCAGGAAGCGCUCCCAUCCGACUCGCCAUCCCCGCCCCUCCCUCCUCCUCCCUCCUUCCAGGAGCUGGAGAGCAGCACCGCCAUGCAGGCCAGCACCUUCAACUACGCGCGGCCCAAGCAGUUCAUCGCCGCCCAGAACCCCGGCGGGGUCGGCGGCGGGUACGCCGCCCAUUCCUCAGGCUCCUCGGGCUCCAGCCUGUCAUCCCCCCUUUCCCCGCCCAGCUCACAUAAAGCCUUCAGCAAGAUGACCACACCGCCGUUCUCCAAGGGCAUGGACUCGCCCGGCUCGCCCUCCUUCCCACCACCGCCGCCGCCCUUCUUUGUGUCCGCCAACCUGCCUUCGCCGUCGGGCGGCGCCCAGGAAUUCCCUCCGCCACCGCCGCCACCUCCUCCCCCGCCGCCUCCUCCGCCUGCGUGCGUGUCCCCUGCCUUCUCGGACGCGUCCUCGCCUUUUUCCUCCGUCCCGCCGUCCCCGGCUUCCAGCUUUCUGUCCUCGAUGUUGCCGGCCACACCCACCAUGCCGGCUAGCCCCACGGUCAACGCGUUGGGCCUUCCCAAAGGAAACGGCACUGUCAAAGCCUUCCCCAAGAAGUCGCCGGCCACCCGCACGCCUCGCAUGGCUUCCGACUCGGACAUCCAGGGCUCCAAGGACGCCGUCAUCCAAGACCUGGAGAGGAAGUUGCGCUUUAAGGAAGAACGCGUCAGCAACGGGCAGCAGAGGCUAACCUACGAGGAGAAGAUGGCUCGCAGGCUGCUGGGCGCUGACAACGUCGCCACCGUCUUAAAGGCGCAGGACUCCGAGGAGGAGCCCACCACGCAGGAGUACAAAGUGUCCAGCUUCGAGCAGCGCCUGAUCAGCGAGAUCGAGUUCCGGCUGGAGCGCUCGCCCGUCGAGGAAUCGGACGACGACGUACAGCACGACGAGGAACACGUGCCCGGCAACGGGGCCCCGCCCUCCUUUCAAAACAAGCUCAAACACUACAAAGUGUUUGAGGGCAUGCCCGUCACCUUCACCUGCAAGGUGCAUGGGGACCCCAAACCAAAGGUGUACUGGUUCAAAGAUGGCAAGCAGAUCUCCAAGCGCAGCGAGCACUACCGCAUCGGUCGCACCGCCGAUGGCACGUGCACGCUGCACACGGCUGCCGCCUCCCUCGAUGACGACGGCAACUACACCAUCAUGGCCGGAAACCCUGAGGGCCGGGUGAGCUGCACGGGGAGGAUGAUGGUGCAGGCAGUCAACCAGCGAGGUCGCAGCCAGCGCUCGACACCGGGACACAUGCGCAGGCCAAGGUCGCGUUCCCGAGAUAGUGGUGACGAGAACGACAACAUCCAGGAGCGCCAUUUUCGCCCGCACUUCCUCCAGGCACCCGGCGACCUCAUCGUGCAGGAGGGACGACUGUGUCGCAUGGACUGCAAGGUGAGCGGGCUGCCCACCCCAGACCUGGUGUGGCAGCUCAACGGUCAGACCAUCCGGCCUGACUCAGCCCACAAGAUGCUGGUGCGCGAAAACGGCGUUCACUCGUUGGUCAUCGAGCCCGUGGGCGCCCGCGACGCCGGCAUCUAUACGUGCAUCGCCAGCAACCGCGCCGGGCAAAACUCCUUCAAUCUCGAGCUCAUCGUCGCAGCUAAAGAGCUGCACAAACCUCCGUCGUUCACGGAGAAGCUCCAGAACACCACUGUGGCCGAUGGGCACCCUGUCCGCCUGGAAUGUCGCGUCAGCGGUGUCCCCUACCCGCAAAUAUUCUGGAAACGUGAGAACGAAUCACUCACGCACAACACGGACAGAAUCAGUAUGCACCAGGACAACUCUGGCUACCUGUGCAUGAUCAUCCAGCCUGCCUAUAAGGAGGAUGCCGGUUGGUACACAGUGUCGGCCAAGAGCGAGGCAGGCAUCGUCUCCAGCACCGCCCGCCUUGACGUGCUUGGUCAGUGGCAGCACCCGGCGAACGCACGUAAGGCCAAAACGCUGCGACCAUCCAGCAGCCGCUACGCCGCCCUGACAGAGCGCGGCGUGGACGUCAAGGCGGCCUUCUUCCCCGACUGCAGCCCUCUGCCUCCAGGAUCCCUCGUGGAGAGCGAUGACCUGUAGGGGACGCCCAUCCGUCCCUGUCCACACCUUCAUGCUUUUUUUUUUUCUUCAAAGUGACUGGCAAGUGCAAGAUGGAGAACGCGAGUCAGCAAGCUAGUGAGGCCGGGCCUUCAAGGAAAAGUACAAGAAAGUUGCGUGUCGGUUGUGGUUGUUGAAGAAGGGACUGUUGUUUUUUUUCAGUGCGACGUGAACGCUUUUCAGUGUCACAAAUUGUUCAGUUUAUUUUUGUAUUUAAAAAAAGAGACUAUUUCCAUAGCCAACAUUUUAAAUUAUAUAAUUCAUCUAUAUCACAACACUUUUUUUUUGCAUGUGAUCGUGAACACUCGCGUGUGUACACAAUGCCAAACAUCAUUUUUUGUUUUUCCUGUCAUAAUCGCAUCAUGAUUAGUAGUAAUUAUCAUCAAGCGUGUUUUCCAUGCCCACCCGUGCCUGUAUAUGGAUUUAUCUCCGCCGCCGAUUAGUUCAUGAACCUUGCAAAUAAAGAUUCUUAUGACAGCUCUCA